AUGGAGUCACUCACUCGUCUCGUUCUUGACAAGUGUGAUCUUCUUCAUGUGCUGCCCAAAGACAUCGGGCAGCUUACAAAGUUUGGUUUUGCUGAAGGAGCCUCUCUCCAAUCUCUCCCUGAGAGUUUUGAGCAUCUGCCGAAGCUGCGUAGACAAGAGCUAUUCAAUUGCGCCUUACAACGGCUACCAGCAGGGUUUGGGAAGCUGGCAAGCCUGGAGAUUUUCAAGGUUGGAACAAAGGAGGAAUACGACAGGCACGGGCUCAGUGAGAACGAAUGGCUGGGUGCCAACCUGGAUAUCUUUGGGUCUUGCGCCCUCAGGACUUUGCCACAGUCGCUUACUCUUCUCACUCGUCUGGAGGAGCUUGUUCUUGACGGAUGUGAUUUGCGUAAUGAUCCGCCGAUGGGGAUGGGGAAUCUGUCCAGCCUUAAGGUGCUCAAGGUGAGGAACUGCGACCAGUUGUCCUACUUGCCCUCUCUUCUAACCCCUCGCAUGCAGGCCCUUGCCCUUCAGGCUGGACCCGCAUGCACAUCAGCCGCUCUUGCUGCGGCUUCUGAUCCGCCUUUUCCUUCCCUUGAGAAUUUGGAGAUUUCUGGCUGCCCUCGUCUGGAAAGCCUCCCAGAAGGCCUGCAAAUGCUGCCUAAGCUUGAGCACUUCACACUCAAAGACUGUCCCAGCAUGGUGCUUGUAGUGUGGAGCCCAUUCCCGUCUCUUCCGCCCUUUCCGGUCUCUCUCACGACCAUCAGCAUAUCCAACACCUUCCAGAACGUCAAGAGCCUCCCAGAGUCCUUCCUGUCGCUCAGCCGCCUUUGUCACUUGGACCUACACAGCCUCCGAUUGGAUGAAUACCUCAUAGCCCAUUCUGCUGUAACUAACACCCCUGCUCCAGCCCGUGCUAGUUUGAACCUUCUGUCAUCUCUGGUUCACCUCCACAUUCUCGACAGUUACCUCCCUGCACUGCCGGGUAAUCUGGACGACCUCGGAGAACUGAAGGUGCUGUCGCUAUUCAAGUGCCAUUGCAUCUCCUCCCUUCCACCCGUCCUCUAUAAUCUCUCCAAGCUGGAACACCUCAGUCUCGACUCUCUCCCUCUCACGCAUCUUCCGGACAAUCUUGGACAGUUCACAGCUCUAGUCAAGUUGACUCUGCAGUCGUGCAAGGCUCUGCAAGGUCUUCCCUCCACCCUCACUCUGCCCUCAUCCCUCAGACUAAUGACCGUUGCAAACUGCCCCGGAAUCAGCAGCCUCCCAGACUCCAUCUCCUCCCUCUCGCAUCUCACCUCUCUGGAGCUCAGGAGUCUGGUUGGUCUGUAUCACCUGCCCUCCUCCCUCGCCCUCCUUCCAUCGCUCGUCAAACUGUCACUUCAAGGCUGCAAGUGGCUGCGGGCUCUGCCCGACGGUCUGGGCAGUUUGUCCUGUCUGAGGGAGGUGGAUCUGGGCGGAUGCGCCCAACUGACUGAGCUACCGCAGUCGCUGCAGAAGAGGAUGAAUGUGAUUGAAGUGAACGGCAGAUGGGGCAGGCGCAGAGGGCAGAGGGAGCCGCAUCAGGGAGAAACCGUUUACUAG